AUGUUCUUUGAACAAUUUCAAUCAAUAUUCAGUAAUGGUAUAAAAAGUCAAUGGUAUGAAAUGAAAGAUAUUAUUGAAUUAUUUACAUGGAUCAGAUUGCAAGAUCAACUAUUCAGUCAAUAUUUUUCUCACUAUUCCUCCAAUGUGAACACAGAUGAUCUCUGGGAUAUGUUUCUAAAGUUAGGUAAACUUAAUAUUAUCAAUAGUGUUAAUCAAAAACAUGUAAUAUCAAUAUUAACUGAAAAAAUUCCAUUAACUUCUGUCGGACCAUUUCAUCGAUAUACGAAAUCAGCCAAGACUUGUUUAGUAGAAAUAAAACCUGAAUUUUGUUCACAGUUUAUCGAAUUAUUCAAGAAAAUCUUUGAUGGUUAUAUUAUUAAGCAAUUCAAUUAUCCACAAUAUUCAUAUCAGGUCUCUCGAACAGAUUGCAAUGAUCUUUUACAAAUCGAACCAUUCAAAGAUCUUCGACGUCUUUGUCAUCUAUUUAAUUGUUUAAUUUCAUUUCAAAUUCUGAAUUCAGGAACAUUAAAUACUCAAGAUAAUACAAUAAAAUAUCUUAC